AGAGAGGAAAACGGCAGAAGAGUUGAAGUGCUGUGAUACUUUUAUAGGUGGCUUGAUUACUUUUAACCAAGUAACUGUAGAGGAAUAUUUGUCCUCUACUGUUCCAGUGCACUGUGCCUGCCUGCUGCCGUACUCCCUUUCAUGAUGACAAUGGACUCGAGCCUUCUGAAGCUGUAAUUACUUUUGGUGACUGUUUCCUCUUUAUGCAAUGUAUCAGUCCAUAUCUGAAACUAGACAUCCUCUGCAGUCAGAAGAACAAGAAGUAGGCAUUGACCCCUUGUCCAGCUAUUCACAUAAGUCUGGAGGAGAUCCAAGUCAAAAUGGGAAAAGAACAAAUUCUACCUUAGACUCUGAAGGAACCUUUAAUUCAUAUACGAAAGAAUGGGAAGAACUAUUUGUAAACAACAAUUACUUGGCAACAAUAAGACAGAAGGGGAUUAAUGGGCAGCUGAGAAGCAGCAGGUUCCGCAGCAUCUGCUGGAAGCUCUUUCUUUGUGUUCUUCCUCAAGACAAAAGCCAAUGGAUAAGUAGAACUAAAGAACUGAGAGCAUGGUAUAGCAGCAUUAAAGAGACACAUAUCACUAAUCCAAGGAAAGCUGUUGGCCAACAGGAUCUGAUGAUCAACAAUCCCCUUUCACAAGAUGAAGGAAGCCUUUGGAACAAGUUCUUCCAGGAUAAAGAAUUGCGGUCCAUGAUUGAGCAGGAUGUCAAGAGAACAUUUCCUGAAAUGCAGUUUUUCCAACAAGAAAAUGUGAGAAAAAUUCUUACAGAUGUUCUGUUCUGUUAUGCUAGAGAAAAUGAGCAGUUGCUGUAUAAACAGGGUAUGCAUGAGCUGCUAGCACCUAUCAUCUUUGUUCUUCACUGUGACCACCAAGCUUUUCUGCACGCCAGUGAGUCUGCACAGCCCAGUGAGGAAAUGAAAACUCUAUUGAACCCUGAGUUUCUGGAGCACGAUGCCUAUGCAAUGUUCUCACAGCUUAUGGAAACUGCUGAACCUUGGUUUUCUACUUUUGAGCAUGAUGGUCAAAAGGGAAAAGAUACUCUGAUGACACCCAUACCCUUUGCUAGACCACAGGAUUUAGGACCAACAGUUGCCAUUGUUACUAAAGUCAACCAGAUCCAGGAUCAUCUACUGAAGAAGCAUGAUAUUGAGCUCUAUAUGCACUUGAACAGACUAGAAAUUGCACCACAAAUAUAUGGGUUGCGAUGGGUACGGCUGCUGUUUGGGAGGGAGUUCCCGCUACAGGAUCUGCUGGUGGUCUGGGACGCCUUGUUUGCAGACGGCCUCAGCCUGAGCUUAGUCGAUUAUGUCUUCAUAGCCAUGCUACUCUAUAUCCGAGAUGCUUUAAUUUCUAGUAACUACCAGACCUGCCUCGGCCUUCUGAUGCAUUAUCCACUCAUCGGAGACAUACACUCACUGAUUCUUAAAGCUCUGUUCCUUAGAGACCCAAAGAGAAAUCCAAGGCCUGUAACUUACCAGUUCCACCCCAAUUUAGAUUACUACAAGGCACGGGGAGCAGACCUUAUGAAUAAAAGCCGGACCAAUGCCAGAGGUGCUCCCCUGAAUAUACACAAGGUCUCCAACAGCCUGAUUAACUUUGGAAGAAAAUUGAUUUCCCCAGCCUCGGUUCCAGGCAGUCUGGGUGGCCCUGUGCCUGGGAGCAACAGCAGCAGCUCCUUCUCUGCUGCCGUCCCCACCUCUGAGGAAGCCCCAAGGCAUCACAUGCAGCAGCAGCGGCAGCAGCAGCGGCAGCAGCAGCGGCAGCGACAGCAGCAGCAGCAGCAGCAACAGCAGCAGCGGCUGAUGAAAUCUGAAAGCAUGCCAGUACAGUUGAACAAAGGUGACGUAGUUACAGGAAGCAGUGCUCAGCUCUCUGUUCCUGUCCAGGCUCUAACUGACCUCCAAGGGCAAAAUUCUAAGAUCAUCAGUCCAACCUCAAGCAUCGAGAGUUUGCCUGGGGGAAGAGAGUCCUCUGGCUCCCCACCUUCAUCAGCUUCUAAAAAGGAUUCCUUUUUCAGCAACAUCGCACGUUCCCGCUCACACAGCAAAACUAUAGGGAGAAAAGAAUCUGAAGAGGAAUUGGAAGCCCAGAUUUCCUUCCUCCAAGGACAGCUGAAUGACCUAGAUGCCAUGUGCAAGUACUGUGCCAAGGUCAUGGACAUGCAUCUUGUUAAUAUUCAAGAUGUGGUAUUACAAGAGAAUUUGGAAAAAGAAGAUCAAAUUCUGGUUUCCUUGGCAGGUUUAAAACAGAUCAAAGACAUUCUGAAAGGCUCCCUGCGUUUCAACCAGAGCCAGCUGGAGGCUGAGGAGAAUGAACAGAUCACCAUCGCCGACGAUCACUACUGCUCCAGUGGCCAGGACCAGAGCCACCAAGUUCCGAGGGCCACCAAGCAGGCCCCUUCAGAGAUGCCAGGGUGUUCAGGUGGACGGACCUCCGAUGACUUCAUUCUGGUUAACAAAGAAGAUGAGGGGUGCAGUGCCAGGGGGGCCUUCUCAGGUCAGUCCCAGCCGCUUCUCACCCUCAGAAGCACAUCUGGGAAGAGCAGAGCAGCCUGCUCCCCACUGGUAUUCUCAGACCCCUUGAUGGGCCCAGCAUCAGCCUCCUCCAGCAACCCCAGCUCCAGCCCUGAUGACGACAGCAGCAGAGACUCUGGCUUUACCAUCGUCAGCCCCCUGGACAUCUGAACACAGGGACCCGACUUGUGGAGACCCUGCUGCUGAACUAAUGUUUUUUCCCAGCAUGCAUUUUGGCACUGGCACAACCCACCCUUUAACAAGAGGUUUCCUCUUUCCAUGCCCUAUGUUCACCAGAAGUGCAGGUAGAGCUUUCCACCUGACCCCAUGACCCUUGCUCUGAGUUAGGGCAAAGUCAGGCACCCAGCUCUGUGCCCACUGUCAGACAGACCACAGUUGCGCCACCGUCUUCCAUCCUCCUCCCCAGCACCUAGCUGGAAGAGCUGCUUUCAGGACUUCCUGUUAUCAAGGCUUCGGCCACAGGAAACUUGUUAAUACUGUGUGGUGAUCUGGCAGGCAGCCUCCCUCCUGCUGCACUCAGAGUGAACUGUAGAAGCAGGGUCUCAGAUUAGGACUCAGAUUUUGCUUUGACUCAAGUACAUUUCCAGGCCCUGGGCUGAAUAAACUUCAGCCUCUUCUGUUCUCCCUGAACUGCAUUUCACCUUCUAGAAUCUCCACAGGCAUGAAGCAUGAGGCAGCUGUAAGCUACUGUGGCCUGUUACAAUGAGGAGCACAAAGGAAAACCACAUUUCCACCACCCAGAGCCAAACCCCCACUGGGAAUUAGAUUUGGAGUCCCUUCUGUGGGAGCAGGCUUCCUAAAACACAUUCCAGGUGCCAGAAGAGUACAGGGCCCCUACUCAGCUGUAAACUGAGGUGCUGCUUCAAGGAUGGUUCUGCAUGCCCUGUGCCCCUGCCUGGGCUGCCACAGGUGUGCCGCCUCCUCUGCUGGCAGAGCACAGAGCUGUGCCGGGCACUCUUUCCUGCAAGGAGAAGGGCUUUCUGUUCCCAAGCAGGCACUCUGCUGGGGACAGUGGGGACUGUUGGCAGAUGCAGCACCUGCUACACUUGCCUUGUGUCUCUCUCCGCAGAGGGCAGCAGAGCCUCUGGGCAGUGUCCCCCUCCUUCACAGCACUGCCUUUCUCUGCAGACGUAAGUCUGAUGCUCCUCCAUCUUGGAAAACAGGGACACUAAAGUCAGCUCCUGUGAGGACUUCUCCUUAGCUGUACUAGAUGGCAGGGCUGUUGGCUGCCAUGGUGCCUGAUGAGCUCUGCCCCUGCCUCGGACUAGUCCUCUCAGCACUCGAAGGAGGCUAGUUCCAUGUCCCAUGAAGACAUAAGAACCAGGGCCACCACAUGGUGGGCAUCCAUCCUCCGAGGGAGGGUUGCCAUUAGCCACUUCACAGAGGCAUCAGUACCCUUAGACCUAAGGAAGUAUUUACUCACCCCUCCAGGCCUGGUACAGUGCUGGCCAUGUCUGUCCCAGCUGAGACACUGUUCCCAACAUUCUCUUUGCUUUGAGAAGAAGGGUCAUAGCUGAGUGUUAUUGUCUAUCCACAGAGCCAAGAAGGUGACAGGCUGAUUCCCUACCAUUUAAAUGGGCAUUUCACAGUCUUUAACCUACCUGCCCUGCCCGUGCCCCCCAUCCUGUGCUGUGUGAGUGCCCUGUGAGAGCUCCUGGGUUCACACUGAGGUGUUUCUGUGGUCCCCAGUUAGCCCGCUUUUCUGCUUGGAAGAGGCAGGAAGGAGUGGAGAGUGCUGUGUACUAGGUGACUUCACUCUUCCUGUUGAACAUUGCUUCCCUUUCUGUCCCCAACAUUGCUGGUGCAAAAUGUGUUCCUUCCCUGUACGUUAUCAGGUACUCUGUCUAACUGCACAUAUUGAACUUUUUUCCUUAGCCACAUGGUAAUCAUCAGUUCUGAUCGCUCACAUUUUGAUUGUAGCAGCUAAAUACAGUUUUAUAUAUACUCCAAGCUUAGAUUACGCCCCAUUGUCAUUUACUUUUUAAAACAUGUCUCUGUGUUUCGUGCAACCCUUUCUGAUCAGAUUGGAAUUGUGAGUUAAAACAUUCCUGUGUGUUAAAGAGGGUCACAGACUUGCCUUGUCUUAUGGGUUUGCUGUGGUCAUGGGGCCUUCCUGGUUUAUUUCGUCCAAGAUGACCUGCUGUUCUGCGCUAACUGCAGCUUGAAAAGAAAAGAAAUGACCACAGCACCACAUAAGUAUAGCUCUAGAGCACAGCCUACUCCUGUGGGGUUGGCUGUGCUGGACAAGCGUGCAGGUGCUGCCUUUAGUGGCAGGAGAGCUGAACAAGUGAAAAGAAUCCCCUAGCCAUACCUGCCAGUGUUGAUGCAGGUUGCUGUUUGUUUUGUGAAAGCUCUCCCAGUGGCCACUCAAGGACAAAGUGGGGAGUACCCAUGGCCCUGUGUCAGCCAGUUCCAUCUUUCCCCAGGACACAAUCCUGGCCUUUAUCCAGAGUGGGAGCUACUAAGUCAUGGGAGCCUGGAGAAGAGGCUGAAUACACACAGAGCUAUCAAGCCAGGCCUCUUCACUGAUCAGAUGCCUUCCUCCAUGCUAGGCAAAACGUUUUUCUGGUAAGAAAUAGCAAGUUCAUAUACCCAAUCUCGUGACCAUAUUGGGGUAGAAGUUGUAGUGCCGUUCAUGAGGCUCCAUUAUCUGCUUAAUGGCGUCCUCAUGAACCUCGGUGCUGGAACUCAGGCUCAUGUAGGAAAUGAUGCCUCCUUUGGGAGAGAGACCCCAUUCUUCCAAGAACCUAGCUCUGAGGUCAGGCAAGCACAGAAGCACCUGGCCAUGUGGGGCUGGUGCUGUCCAUGGCUUGGCCUCACCUGCUUUUCCUUCCUUUGUAACAUGGGCAACCUUCACAGCCUCCUGAGACUGCUUCCUUACCUGCACGAUAUCACCAAUACUGUCUACCCUUGUCAGCUCAGCUAGGUGAAGACAUUGGAAGAACAGGUGUGAAGUGAGUGGCAGAGCCAUUGGGGGGGGGGAUUGUGGUUCCGGAAGUGCCACUCCCAUUGAUAGUGUGGGCUACAGAGGCCUCUUGAUGUGGGGUCCCACCCUGAGGCAGCCCUGCCAGCCACUUCCAAUAUAGCUUAUCCUUCCCUCCGCAUGGCAGUCUCCUGCAGCACAGGGUUUGCCACAGGGUAGGAAUGGGGGGGGGGUGGUCAGAGCAUUUUACAUCUUAAAUGACACAUAGGGAGAACGAGGGGGACACCUGUAGUUUAGAUGAAGCCCAGGACCAGCAAGUGAGCAGUCAUUUAGCCUGUGCUCAGGCAGCUUCAGGGUCCCAGCCAGUGAUGAAAGCGUGACCCAGGAGCCACAAGGCAUCACAGGCACAGGGACUAGCUCACUGGACCUUUGGGGCCUUCUCCAGACCAGUAAUAGCCACACGUGUGCCAGAAGUGCCUCACCCCUGUCUCCAACUGUCCUUCUCCCUAGUUCAGCUCUCUGCCUUAGGACUUCUCUUAGAGGGUCUGCUGUUUGAGCCCCACUUCUACCUUGGGGACACCCUAGGCCAGUACUGGCUGUUUCCCUUUGGGUUGGGCUUGUUUUGCUGGUUCCUUCCCAUUGAGCCUCCUCCUGCAACUCCAUUCUUCCCGUUUCCAAACUACAGGCUGAGCCUGGUUUAAAGGGAGUGGCAAAGGGAGGAAGAUACUGCUAGGUAAAGCUAUCAGGCAGCCCUGGGGCAAGGCAGGGUAAAGCUAUCAGGCAGCCCUGGGGCAAGGCUGGGUUGCCCCUGCUCCUGACGUAGGAACCAGCCAAAGCCAGGGCAGCCCCUCUACGUGUGAGUUUUGGAAUCCAGGUCUACCCAUUUGCCAGUUGGUCCUUAUGGAGUUGGUUCUAGCACUCCAAAAAGUGGACACUUUGACUGGAAGCCAGCCUCUGAACUCUAAACACAUCUGUUGUAAGACAGGUGGGAAGAGGCAACAUUUCUACACUGGGGGAGGAGGCUCCCUCUACACCUGCUCACUUUUAUCUACAGAGAUACAACUGGAUUAUCUCAAAGAGGGAGACUGCCUGUGUGCUAAAGGCACAACAGCUCCUUAAAUUCCAGAAAGGGCAAGAGGGCCAUGCCUGCAUUAGGAGAAGCUUCCAUCCAGCCUGGGAGGAGAGUCUGUGGUGAGCAGUGGGCACACCUUCCUGCUAGGAAAUGCUAGGCACUAGUUGCAUGGUAGUUUCACAGUGGCUGCAGAGGUUGUAUCCCCCCAUCCCAGGCACUUGAUAUGAGGGGUAACUUCACUCUUUGACACUUUGGUGCACACUCAGAGCCCCAAUGACCAUAGGAAGCCAGUGUCAGAAUUUUGACUGUAGUUAAGAAAAUGAGGGGAACUAGUGGUAGUACUGCACGCCAUUAAUCCCAGCACUCUGGAGGCGGAGGCAGGUGGAUCUCUGUGAAUUCGAGGCCAGCCUAGUCUCCAAAGCAAGUUCCAGAACAGCCAGGGUUGUCACAUACAGAAAGCCUGUCUCCCCCACCCCAAAAAAAGGAAAGAAAGAAAAUAAUAAAAAAUGAAGGGAUGGGGCUGCAAUGGGUGCCUCUUCCUACCAAAGAAUUAUAACCAAUUAAGCCCACCAUGCAGAGACUGUCAUUCACCUCGACCUUCCCACAGUACCCUUGACUCUCAACAUGACAUAACGAGUUCCUGCAUUCUUGUUCCUACCCCUGAUCCACAGCUACUCAGCUGCCAAAGCCAGGUCCUGCUGUCUAGUUCAUAGCCUCCCCGUCCUCCAAUUAGCCAUUGUAAAUAAGGCCUUGUCCCUAUCCAUUACAUGUGCCUUACUCCUCCGAGUCUCCAGCUCACCUUCCUCUAAAGCAGAGGCAACCUGGUCUUUACCCCAGUAUGUUCCCACCCCAGCCUGUUCUAUCCACCCACACAGCAUCCUGAGAUAGCACCCUCUGGUGAGGCACGUCCUGACGGAAUGCGUAUUGCUGACAUAGACUCUGCAGGUCAAGAACUCCAAGGCCUCAGUCCCACUCAAGUGGCCAAGUCUUACCUCGGUGAGGCUCCAAAGCCUUCCUCUGAGUCCCAGUAUGAGUGAUUAUGUUUGGUUGGCCAGUGUGUGCAAAGAUGAUUAUAGCCCAAGACUGCUUACCUACAGAGACCUCCAUUAGAGAUUGCAUAACCUCUCUCUCUGUGCUGUGCCUAAUAAACAUGCAGCUGCCGGGUGGGGCAGUCCCCUCCCAACUUUA